AUGGGUCAAGCACUUUCGUUCCCAUCCAAGUCGUCGUCAUCGUCAUCGUCGCACGAGCGUCCGGGACUGGCACCGGAAACAGCGUCCCAUAAAAAGUGCGCCACUUUAUCACAUCAGUCGCUUCGCUUAGUGCAGCCCUUUCAAGCUUCAAGCUCCAGACGAUUACAGACCGAUCGAGAUCCAAACUCGGAUCCGGCUCGAAUCCGGCCUAUGCAAAUCACCAAGUCAUCGCUGGCACAGCCUGGUCGGAUCAAGAGCUUUCAGCCCAACACGAUCCCGCCGCCGCCCAAGGCCCAAACUGGAUCACUUAAUUCCUCAAUCACAUCUAUACCCGCUGGUCCUUCGACGUCGCUCCCACCACUCGCACGAAACCUGCCCGUCUCACCCGCUCUCGAGAAGUUCCGCUAUCGACCGCCACCCGAGCCGACCUCAGACGAAAGAAGCACCGAUCAAGCCUCCUGCGCCCCACAAUCACCACGCAAACGAAUCAAGAUCCAACCCAUUAGUGAGGAUACCGAUAUCACUGAGUGCAAGUCGUACACCGGCACGGCUGAGCCUACCGCUCGCCCACCACCUCUUCCACCCCCACCGACGCUGAUCCUGCUACCCGAGUACGACGAGUUUGGCGAGAUCGUCACACCAGACCCACAAUCUUCGCAGGAUCAUACGCGACCAGACUUACUCUCUCAAGAUUGCGAAUCGAACGGUCAAACUUUCGAAACCGACUUGUCGUCAUCGAUUGAGCUACCCAGUCAGCUUGCUCGGCGUAUUCGGCUGGGUCAGUCGAGCACUCAGCCUCGCCCUCACUCGAUUCACGGAAGGGGUUCCGGCUUCGGCACGCAGCCAUCGGAUCCCGACGAGGUUGAUUGCUACGAUGAAACCGAUCUCGGGGAACGGGAGACGUCAGAAUAUCUCUCCAGGAUCCUUGAGGAACUCGAAGCCAGUGGCAACCUCGAGGCCGAUCUCGCCUUUAGCGACGACGAAAAGGACGAGCUCGAAGCCGCCGUCCCCGUGUCUGCUGCAGAAGGGACCGACGACCGGUGAGUAGACAUGAUAUUCUAGCUGCUGAACGUUGGUGAUGCACGAUUUGACUGUGAAGACCUCUGGACCAUGAGCAGCUCGCAAGAACCUCCACCCUCGGCCCCAUGGGGAUCACCGAAGCCCGCCCCUAAGGCGUUCGGCUCGGAAGCAAAUGAUAUUGCACCAUUCGCGAAUCAUCAAAAGGGGAGCCAAGUGCAUGCAGAUCCCUGUUCUUCUUCUGCUCUCAAGUUCGGGACCGACCUUCUCGAUCUAGUGUCGUCCCCGUCGGGGCCUCUUCGCGCACUCUCAAGCGAGGCCGCCGAAGACAAGGUCCAGAGACCGUCAGUCGAGCCUCGCACACCUCUGGGACCAAGAACGAGCCCGCCCGCACCGCCCAAAGGGAAUCUCAUACCUGCUCAUCCAAAAAGAAAAUGCACCUCGCUCGACUACCUCAUGGCCAAGCACACACCCGUACCCGAACGACCGACCCACCGCCUCGUGCCGCUAACCCCUGAAGGUCUAACGACUCACCUCACGCGCAUGCUCGAUAGCUAUCGCGGCGAAACGGCGGCCACGAAAGCGCUCGUCGAGAGUCAUCAGAUGAUCAUCGAUGAACAAAGUGAUGAGAUCGUGCGAUUGCGAGGCGAAUUGAGGCGACUUGAACCAACGGAACGACGGUGCGAAAAUUUGACCAAUAGGGUUGAGGUACUUGAGCAGAUUCGGAGGGGUUUGUUGGAUAUGCUGGAGGACAAGGAGAAUGAAUGUCAGGCUCUUCGGAGUGAGCUAGAGUGCUAUAGGGACAAGCUUGAAUCGGAUGAAGAGAAGGACGCCGGUCAGUAG